UCUGGCACCAGCUACUCAAUUAACAACAACCAUUGAUCAUGGACCCUCAUAUUCUUUUCAUUUGAUUGUGAUUUGUGAUUGUGUCUGUUUCAAACAACUAAGUUACUUAACCACGUUGUUGGUUCCAAGUGUUGAUUGCUUGGAAUGCUGUUGUCACAAUAACAAUAAUGGUUGAGAGAACCGUGUCUGGCUCCGCCAUCAAGGUUGUUUCCAAGAAGUCCUUGUGUGGAUUCUUCACAAUGACAACGUUGUUGUUCAUGUUGUCAUGGUUGUUCGUUCUGCGUUCCACUCGCUCCGAGGCUUCGCCUAACUCAAACCUUUUCUCUUCCUACAGCAACUCAGAUUUUGAUCAUUCGGUGCAGCAACAAAAAAACGUGGAAGAAGAAGUGGAACCAUCAUUUGGUAAUAGAGCAAUACUCGUGGACAACAUAGAAGCAGCAGCAGCAGCAACAACAACAACAACAACAACACAUGAUGAUAAACAACAAGUGCUUGAAGAACAAGGUGUGAAAUGCAAAGCACAUGACAAAGCUGUUUUAAGAGUUUUCAUGUAUGAUUUGCCUCCUGAGUUUCAUUUUGGACUAUUGGAUUGGAAGCCUGAGGAGAAUGUUAACAAUGUUUGGCCUGAUAUCAAAACUAAAGCACCCCAUUACCCUGGAGGGUUGAAUUUGCAGCAUAGUAUAGAGUAUUGGCUCACUUUGGAUCUUCUUGCUUCAGAACUACCUGAAUCUGAAGCACCAUCUAAUGCUAGGAGUGUGAUCAGAGUUAGAAACUCUAGUGAAGCUGAUGUGAUAUUUGUGCCUUUCUUUUCCUCUCUUUGUUAUAACCGGUUAUCAAAAACUGGCCCACAUGAGAAGAGGAGCAGGAACAAGCUGCUGCAAGAGAAGUUGGUGAAGUAUGUGACAGCACAAGAAGAAUGGAAGAGGUCAGGGGGCAAGGACCAUGUGAUAUUGGCUCACCAUCCAAAUAGUAUGUUGGAUGCAAGAAUGAAGUUGUGGCCUGGCACUUUCAUACUCUCAGAUUUUGGGAGGUAUCCUACAAACAUAGCCAAUGUUGAGAAAGAUGUGAUUGCACCUUACAAACAUGUGGUUGGAUCCUAUGAUAAUGAUCAAUCCAGCUUCGAUAGCCGUACAACAUUGCUGUACUUCCAAGGAGCUAUAUACAGAAAAGAUGGAGGUCAUGUUCGGCAUGAACUAUACUAUCUCCUUAAAAAUGAAAAAGACGUGCAUUUUUCAUUUGGGAGUGUUCAAAAGGGUGGGGUGAGAAAGGCCACAGAAGGCAUGCGUUCUUCCAAGUUCUGCCUCAACAUAGCAGGUGACACCCCUUCAUCAAACCGCUUGUUUGAUGCCAUUGCCAGCCAUUGCGUCCCCGUCAUCAUCAGCGACGAUAUCGAGCUUCCAUACGAGGACGUCCUCGACUACUCUCAGUUCUGCAUAUUUGUGCGCACAAGAGAUGCUCUCAAGAAGAGGUAUUUGAUAAACUUCAUCAGGAGCAUUGGGAAGGAAGAGUGGACCAGGAUGUGGAACAGGUUGAAAGAGGUUGAGAGUUUCUUUGAGUUUCAGUUCCCAUCUAAGGAGGGUGAUGCUGUCCAAAUGAUUUGGAAGGCUAUUGCACGUAAAGUUCCUUUCAUGAAGCUGAAGACUAAUAGGUCUAGAAGGUUUUUGAGGUCUCUUUAUGGGAAUGACAUGGGGAACAAAUCAAUAACUACACCAGCUAAUUUUUGGUCUCCCUCUUGUCUUCUUAACAAAGGGAGUUCUCAUUCCGACAUACGAAGUCUAGGAGUCCACCUUGUCCAUGUCAACCCUAGCAUGUGUCAGCUCUGGACUUUGGUAAGAAUGAGAAUGGCGCUAUCUUCAUUUUCAUUACCGUGUUUGUGUUAUUGCACUUCAACGCUGGUUCCCUUCAAUCUCACUCGGCUCCAACGACACCAUUUGGUUAGCCUCAAACCCUAUACUCGUUCUCAAUCUCAGCACACCGCCGCUAAAGCUAAAGUUUCUUCUGCUCCGUUAGUGUACUCCACCAGACAAGGGUUUGACACCGUCAACAUUGCCGAAGAUGUCACCCAGUUGAUUGGAAAUACACCAAUGGUGUACCUCAAUAAGGUUACAGAAGGUUGUGUGGCUAACAUUGCUGCGAAACUCGAGUCUAUGGAACCUUGCCGAAGUGUCAAGGAUAGAAUAGGCUAUAGUAUGCUAUCUGAUGCUGAAGAGAUUGGAGCAAUUUCUCCUGGGAAGACCAUUUUGGUUGAACCAACAACUGGAAAUACAGGACUUGGCAUUGCUUUUGUUGCAGCAACAAAGGGGUACAAACUUAUAGUCACAAUGCCUGCUUCUAUUAAUGUUGAGAGAAGAAUCCUUUUACGUGCAUUUGGUGCAGAGGUUGUUCUGACUGAUGCUGAGAAAGGGCUAAAAGGGGCAGUUGACAAAGCUGAAGAAAUUGUUCGCAACACACCCAAUGCGUACAUGUUUCGGCAGUUUGAUAACAUGACUAAUACAAAGAUCCACUUCGAAACUACAGGGCCAGAGAUAUGGGAGGAUACCAUGGGUAAUGUUGAUGUAUUGGUAGCUGGGAUUGGAACUGGUGGCACCGUUACUGGCACUGGACGUUAUCUGAAAAUGAUGAACAAAAAUAUAAAGGUGGUUGGGGUGGAACCUGCAGACAGAAGUGUUGUUUCGGGUGACAGUCCUGGUUUCAUGCCAAGCAUUUUGGAUAUCAAACUGCUUGAUGAAGUUAUCAAGGUUACAAAUGUUGAAGCUGUCGAAAUGGCAAGGAGAUUAGCAUUGAAAGAAGGUUUGCUGGUUGGGAUUUCUUCAGGAGCUGCAGCAGCUGCUGCCAUAAAUUUAGCAAGACGGCCUGAGCAUUCUGGGAAACUUAUUGUGGUUAUUUUUCCAAGUUUUGGUGAGAGAUAUAUUUCUACUGCUCUCUUCCAUUCUAUCUAUGAAGAGGUUCAGAAAAUGUAAAGCAUAGAUUCUACCUUAAUGAGGACAAUUGCCUAUUGGAGAUUGAAGCUGCUCUCAUGGCGUUACCAUUGGUAGAAGUGGCAGCUGCCUCAUGCUUUGUAUAGAUGCAUCAUUCGGACAAGGCACAAUUCUUGAAGCUGAGGUCUUUCAGGAAGCUAAAGUGGGGACUGACAUGAUGUACAAUGUUUUUUUUUUUACUGGUAAUCUAGCAUUGUCUAUUCUUUUCAUUAUUCUUCACUUUCCCUUCCCCAGUCGUCAAUGAUGAGUAGUAUUCAAAUGUUUUACAGGGUUGUUAAAAUUCUUUUUCCUAUUUACUAUUAUCCGACUAUGUAUCUUAUAUAUCUAGAGAUAUAUAUGGAAGCAUUACGAACUAACAUUAUGGUUGACGAUGGUUUAUUAGUGAGGUAUACCAUUAUUUAUUCAGCAGAAAUAGUGCUUGCGUACA